UAGACACACCACCCCUUUCCCCUUUAUAUCUCCAUCUUUUCACACAAACCGGUCUAUUUCUCAGCUUAUUGCCUCGCUCUCUAAAGUUAAUGUCUCAAGACAUGAACCUGUCGGUGAAUGGCAACUCCCAGGUCCCCCCCGGCUUCCGCUUCCACCCCACCGAGGAGGAGCUCCUCCACUACUACCUCCGCAAGAAAGUCGCCGCCGAGAAAAUCGACCUUGACGUCAUCCGCGAUGUCGACCUCAACAAACUCGAACCAUGGGAGAUCCAAGAGAAGUGCAAGAUAGGAUCGACUCCACAGAAUGACUGGUACUUCUUCAGCCACAAGGACAAGAAGUACCCGACAGGGACACGGACCAACCGCGCCACGGCCGCUGGAUUCUGGAAGGCCACCGGGCGUGACAAGGUCAUCCACAGCAACUUCCGCCGGAUCGGAAUGCGGAAGACGCUUGUUUUCUACCGCGGGAGAGCCCCCCACGGCCAGAAAUCCGAUUGGAUCAUGCACGAGUAUCGCCUCGACGACAACACUCCCCUCGACUCCACCAAUGCCUUCAAUCUAGCCGGCGACACUGUGCCGGAGGAAGGGUGGGUGGUGUGCCGCGUGUUCAAGAAGAAGAACUACCACAAGGCGGUAGAGAGCCCUCUCGCAUCAUCACCCUCAAUCCUCCCACGAAACGACGGCGUUUUGGAUCAACUAAUCAUGUACAAUAUGGGAAGAUCCAGCUCCUGCAAGCAGGAAACCGAUCACUCUACAAUGCACUUUCCUGGCCAGCCCGCUGCCGCCUUCCUGCACCUCCCGGAGCUCCUCGAGAGCCCGAACAUCAACGACGAUUGCAGCUUCAAGGCUCCUUCAAAUGAGAUGGAAAGCGAAUGGGUGACCCUGGACCGGUUGGUGGCGUCGCAGCUCAACGGCGGCCAGCCUCCCAAACAGUUCCCUAGCGACGACUUCGCCUUCUCCUUCGAUCACGAUGAACAGGUUCAGCAAUUGAUGAACAUGAAUAAUUCGGAUAGGGGGAAUGAGACGGAUCUGUGGACGUUCGCCAGGUCGUCAGCGUUGUCGUCUUCGUCGACGGACCCACUGUGCCACCUAUCUGUAUGAUAAUACUGAAAAAUAAGGGUUUGGGUGGUAAUGAUACUGAAAUUGAAAAACGUAUACGUGUUUGUUGGCUUUGUUUAUGUGUAAGUUAUACACUUAUAGGGGGAAUGGAUCAGUAUGAGAUACUUACAUACAUUACAUAUAUAUAGUAUAUAAGUGUAGUAUGUAUGUAUCAUUGUAUUGUUAGUACUCUAAUAAUUGUGAUGAGCCAUCAUUGUCUAGCAAGAUACGAGAAUACAUGAAAGGAAAUAAGAAAAAGAGAUCAGUUGAUUGA